GAAAACUUAACUUCACAUGUGUGUUUUGAAACAGGCCAUCCUUUUACAUUUAAGACUAAAAAUAUGGGAUUUCCUUACCUUCUAUAAACAUUGCAUUGAAAGUUGUGCACUGCACCUUUAAAUUUUGUUGUUGAUGUACAAGAGUGAAGUGUCAGUCAGAGAGGGGAGUGCUGGGGCUGCUGGAUGACAGCUGCUGAAUACCUGAGAUUUUUCUUCCACCAACAAACUGAGUGCUGCUUUCACACUGCUCUGUAAUUCACAUGGAGAGAGAGAAAAAGAAAAGAGAUUAAAAGGAGAGAAGCCACGUGGAGCCUUCAACAAUCUGUGCUCACAGGCACAGACCUCAAAGAAUAAACAAAUGGUUGGCUCCACACUGUCAUCACUGGUUACUGGGUGGAGUACUGUUAUUAAAUUUCUUUGGAGACAGCACAAAAAAAGAAAGUGAAAGAGUAAAGGCACGGCCAGACGGAGAGAAAGAAGGGAUAAAUAUAACACAAAAACUUGAGAGGGACAGAGAGAGAGAGGAAAGAUAUAUUUAAAGCACAGAGAGAAGAAAGACAGGGACAAAGAGACAGAAUCAAGAGGAGAGCGCUGAUUUGUCAUGUUAGAGACGUAACCAGAGAUGAGUGAAGCGGCUCUUCAACCUGUGAUCCAGGCAGGGGACGGGAGGACACUGUCCAGAGCAGAGUUUCUCUCACUACUCAACACCUACAACUGCUUCCUGAAGGACCACAAUCAGCUGCACCUCAGUUUCUUUCAGGAUGUUGAUGGAGAGGUGGUGGUGGAAGGAGUCCUCAAUAUCUCCUGGGGAGUACGGAGGCCCAUCAGGCUGAAAAUACAGGAUGAUAAACAGAUAAUCCCUUUUGCCCCUCUGAUCUCGACCGACCCCAGCAGUCCUGUCAGCCCCAUCGGAGACAAGAGGGGGAUGUCACGAUGGGGAGAAUAUGCUGACCUUCACCAAAUAGAUGAGAUGGCUGAGACGCCACAGGACAGAGUCGUCACCAAACCUUUACCAGGCCCAGCUGUUUAUGAGACGACCACACUGCGCCCCAUGAGGCAGAAGAGCUCAGAGAUGGAGGCCGAGUCCAACCUGUUCCGCUGUAUGAGUGACGCCUCGUUGGUCAAGAGGAGGAGGGGAAGAGGGAAAUCAGCGGCACAAAGAGAGAAAGAAAGACAACAUCGCUUCUCGAUUAACGGACACUUCUACAACUAUAAGACGUCUAUCUUCACUCCAUCAUAUGGCACUCCAACUAAAGUUCGUAUCACCAGCAGGAUGACGACGAACCAGGUCAUUGAACAGCUGCUAAACAAGUUCAAGAUAGAGAACGAUCCCCAGGAGUUUUCUCUGUACUGUGUUCACCAGAGUGGAGAGAAGAGGAAGCUCAGUGACAGAGACCAGCCCCUAUGGGAGCGCUUACUACAGGGACCCUCUGAUGACAUCAUGAAGAUCUUUUUGAUCGACAUGGACGAAGAGGAAGUCAGCAAUGAUGUAGCCCAGUAUCUAAACUUGGAGCUUCCCAUCCUGGAGCAGGUUCUGCUGAAACUCAGAGAGGAGGAGAACAGAGAGAUACAGAGAGUCAUUAACAAGUACCACCACCAGCACAGACUCCUGUCUCGUAUGAUGUCCUGUAAAGUGUCACCUCAUAUCGAGACCAGUGUCUGAUGAAAGCCGAUGUGAGUCACUGACACAGGACCGGACGUUCAUCACAGCACAGCUUUAAUGAUGAUAGAGCUGCACAGAACUCUGCACAUCCUGUUUCACAUCAUCUUCAUGAUUUAAUAAACGAGGUCAACAUUGCAGUAAGUUCAGAUACAUACUGACAAAACAAAUGUUUCUUUUUAGGUCUUACAAACUGGGUCAUUUAUAUAGAUUUUAUUCAUUAUAUGUUUUUCCUUUCAGUUUUUAAUCUGUAAAGUAAGGACAAGAUAAGAGUGUAAGAUGCUGCUGUAAAUAACUGUAAAUCAGUGUUUUGUUUUAAUAAAUAUAACAUGUGGGA